UUGAGGCGCGGUUGAAAUACUCUCAGUCGCGUCCCUGACAUCCUUUAAUUUGAGCUCGGCAGCUGAGGGGCGACCGCUCGAACACAAAGAUAAAGGAGCAACUUCAGAUCUGGACCAAGAUUCGCUCGGAAUUUUUUUUACCUCCUUUGGCAAAACUCACUUUCCAGGAUCUGGAUUUUUAAAUCCAAACUCCCCAGAGGGUUUUUUCCUUUUCGAUUUUAUUUUUUGUUUAACAUCUCACAGGACAGCGAGAAAAUGGGAGCCCAUUCUUCCAAGGAUGGAGUAGCUGUUGAGGGCAAUGCCGCCGCCGCCGCCGCCGUCGACCCUGUUGCUGCCAAAGCCAACGGACAGGAGAACGGCCACGUUAAAACCAACGGCGACGUGUCAGCCAAGCCUGAAGGCGAGGUGGCUGCUGCUGAUGGAAAUGGAACAGCUGAGCCAGCCAAGGAAGGAGAAGCCAACGCUGGAGAUGCCAUCGAGCCGGCUCCCGCAGCUGAGAACGAGGCUGUCAAAGCAGACGGAGAGGCCACAAAAGAAGGCAAGAAGAAGAAGAAGAAGUUCUCCCUAAAGAACUCUUUCAAGUUCAAGGGCAUCUCACUGAAGAAGAGCAAGAAAGGCAGCGAAGAAGGCAAGGAGGAGGCCACCUCCCCCACUGCCGAGGAUAAGCCCGAGGAGAAUGGUCACGCAGCCAAAGAAACCAAAGAGGAGACGCCGGCUGCAGAAGCCAAAGAGGAGGAGGCUGCUGCCCCCGCAGAUGCCGCUGCACCUGAGGCGGAGACCAAGGCGGCAGAGGAGGCUCCGGCCACAGAGGCUGCUCCUGCCGAGGAGGCCCCCGCUGCUGCCCCCGCUGAGAACACAACACCCGCAGCAUCCGAAGGCGAGGCCAAGGCAGAGGAGUAACUGCCCGUGCCACGGCACCUGAACUGAUUUUCGAAGAUAAAGUAUAUAAAUAUAUAUAUAUGAGAGACUUGUGCCACGUUCUUAAAGUUAUAAACAAAACUACGAAAGAAGACAAAGGAUAUAUGACGUUUACUGAUUCCACCACCAGUUCACUGCCUUUUAUUAGUUUCUCCACAAAUGGAAUCUCACUGGGCCCUCUCACGACAAAGUGUCAGCUUGUUUCGCCCCCUCAUGGUACACACAGGGACUGGCGUGUGGUGAAGGUAAUGGUUUGAAUGUGGAGCGAAUCAGAAACACUGACUUUGUUUUCCUAAUUCUUGGAGAAGUUUCCUUUUUAACAGCCUGGCAGCCCUAUAACAGUUUAAUGUUUUUGUUUCAUCUUUUUUUUUGGGAUCGAAAUUGUCACUGUUGUGGAGUGAAGGCCAUCUGUUUCACUCAAAAUGACUGUUUCAUGGACACAUAAACCUUAUGUUGAUCUUAUGAAUUCUGAGAUAUUACAUUCCUUUGUUUUCUCCCCAAAUUCCAAGUAUUUUGUCAUGUAUAGAAAACAAAACAGGAGAGGAAGUGGGGAAAGAGCCGUGUCUUCGUUGAUGUAUUCCUGUUCUUUUUCUGGCUGAAACCACAGUCAAGCUUCUUGAGUGUUGCAGUGUUCACAUUAAAGUUUAUGAUGCAAGAGUUGAGAUAAUGUACAAAAUGUGAACUUUUCCUCUGCAAACUGUCUGUGUAAAUAUGUUUUGGCCAACAUGUUUUGGUUCUUGAUUUUGCUAUGGUUUGAAGACAUCGUUCAUUGUUUUAUUGUAACUUUUAAUAAGGGUAAAUAAAUGUUUGAUCCCCAAAA